AAGAAAAAAAAAAAAAGAGAAACCAUUCCUCUUCUUUUUGUUGUUGCUGUUGUUCCGUUUUUUUUUUUUCACAAAUGGAAGUUGAUUAGAGAAAAAGAGUGAUGAGAGAGAGAGAGACAAAGAUAAAUUAUACGCUCAAUAUGACUGGACUAGCAGGCGAUGUAGGAGCCGGACCAGCCGGAGGCUCGUCGUUUGUAGUAGGUGUAGCUGUGGUGAUUGUCGUCUUGACCCGCUUUGCAGAAGCGGUUGCACUACUACUAUUACUACUGCUGCAGUCUGGCUCUUCUUCAGAACUACUGCUGGGUCUCUUUGCACUUUGUCGAUAAUUCCAAAGCAGGAUAGCGUUCAAGUCAUCGUCCUGCUCGUUGGUCGGAGGAGGUAGUAUGGUGUGAGAUAACAGUGAAUCUUGCUGCGUAGUUGUUGUGGUUAGGGUCGUUGUUGUUGUGGGUAUGGAAGAAGCAUUUGAUGAUGGGGGUGAGGGUGAGGAUGGGGAUGGUGAUGGGGAUGAGGAUGACGAGGAGGAUGAU